AUGCACUUGAUACCCACAGAGAAACUGUGCCAUCUUGUGAAACCCAGGAGGCAUGGCUUCUCUGUUGUGGUAUACACUAGAUCCGGAUUAUCAGUGGAACCUGAUACAGAUUUUCAAAAGAAGCAACCAGAUGAUGAGUCCACUCCCAGCACAAGUAACAGCCAAUCGGAUUUGUUCUCUGGAGAAACAAAUAGUGACAACAGUAAUACCUCUCUAUUGACACAGACUGUUAACUCCAACCAGCAACUUUCGACAGAACUGAAUGUAACUUCUUUGAGCAAAGAAGAAUGUGGGCCAUGCACAGAUACAGCUCAUGUUUCUUUAACCACAGCAACCAAAAGAUCUUGUGAUUCAGAGUCACAGGUGGAGAGUGAGCCUUCUCCGGAGAAGCGGCCACGGUUACUUGAGGACGGUCACGAUAGAUCUGAAGAAAUUAGCCGUUCAAAACAGAAGAGCAGGCGCAGGUGUUUCCAGUGCCAAACAAAAUUGGAGCUGGUACAGCAAGAGCUGGGAUCAUGUCGCUGUGGUUAUGUGUUCUGUAUGUUGCAUCGCCUGCCUGAACAGCACGAUUGCACAUUUGACCACAUGGGACGUGGGCGCGAAGAAGCCAUUAUGAAAAUGGUGAAACUGGACCGGAAAGUUGGGCGAUCAUGCCAGCGCAUUGGCGAGGGCUGCUCCUGAGUGGCAAGACUCUUCAACCAAAUGCUGUUCUCUUAGUUCACUAAUGUUAGCCUUAUUUAGGACAAAGUCAGCCAGACACUUGUACUGGGCAAGUUUCAGACUACAGCCAAUCAAUUUCCUUUCUUUAGCCAACCAUCCUGGUACUGUAGUUUAGGAGUUAAAUGGUGAUCAACACUGAUUACUGGCUGGUUGUUAAGGUGCCUACUAGCCACUAUUAAAAAAAAUGAAGACAUAUUUUUGAGCAUGGCUAGUGGAUUGUAACAAAAAUAUAAAGGCUUCUAUUAUUGCAGGAGUCAAGUUCUUAUAAAACAAACAAAAAGCCUUAUAUUGGGAAGUAUCCAGCAGCUGAGUAGAAACUGAUGUAAAAGACUGUUUAUGUGCAUACCACUCUGGAAGAAACUACCCUUAUUAGCCUGGCUUUCCUGUCCUUACUAUUAGCUAACCUUGAAGAGGUGAAACUCUGCUUAAAAGAAGCAGGGUGGAUGCUAAACCUAGAAGACCUAAAUCAUUACUUUUGCUAUUUCCACGCAUGUCUUCUAAGAUCAUGCAGCGCCACCAACAUCAGGAAAUCUCUUAGGGGUAGGAACAGCUUUCUAGGAAGCCAAAAAGAGGGGACAGAUUCUUAUGACAACUUUUAUAUUAGAUGAAAAUAUCAGAUUACAGGGAAAUUAUUUCUUCACUAAGGUGGAGGAGGAAAUAUCUUACUUUAAAGUUAGUGCUAUUUUGGAACAAGCAGUAAAUGGCGUGCAUUUUCUACACAGCAUCAACAACAUUUCUUAAGUGGCGUGAUCCAAUUCCAUAUGCCAACCAUAGUUGCUGUUUCCCAUCAGCCAAAAUCUGAUUGGCUCUUGUUUGCCUUUUGCUAAGUGCAGGUAUCUGAUAAUUGAACAAAUAAGGCUAAUUCACAGCACAGUAGCCAUGCCUGGAUUCUACAGACUGACUUUCUGUAGCUAGACGUAUAUUGAGGGGUAAAGGACAUUUUGUAGCAAAUGGAAUUCAGUUAACAGUAUUGGGGGAACAACCAGGAAAAUCACCCUUUAUUGAACUGAGUUUGUACACCUCACUUCCAGUGUAUUAAGGAGAUAAUCAAAUGGGCUGUCCCAGCCUUGUGACUAUGCAGCUUGGUACUCAGUGAAGGUCUCUGCUCAUCAUCAGUUGCAAAGCAAGUGACUGUAAAAUGCCUUGCGUAGAAUGGGGACUCUCUAGAUCUGGUCUUUUAGAGCUACUAUUCUAUACUGGGUAUGUCAAUUUCAUUGAACGGAACUGCACAUUUUUUGUUGUUUCUUUGUUUUUAAUGUGCAGUCAUUUCCUCUAGCUACAGGCAAAUGUGUCUGUAAGAAAAAUAUAUAUAUAUAUUUAUAAUGGCCUAAUGUGGAAUGUUUACCCCACAAACUGGUUAGUGCUCAGCUAGCAAUUUGAAAUUAGGUCUAGUAGGGAAUAGGGAAGGGUUGCUGGAAGAAGGGGAUCUGUUUUGUCUCUCAUUUUCACAAAUAGAAUACACUUAAGCCACCAAAAAGAGUGAAUUCCCUCAUAUCACUCUUUUUAAAAGGUAGGGUAGAGCAGCUUAAAUAAGUCACUGACUGCUCUGUAUGUUUUGAAGAUCAGUGACUAGUUUACAGGUUGAUUUGUAUUUAAUCUGGUAGCCAAUAUGGCCAGUGAAGGAGACUCAGCUUUUGCCUAUAUUGCAAAUUGGUGAUGAAGUCAAUCUACCAUUCUAAAGUUCAAUAUGGAAAAGCCAUUCUGGGUUGUACUCAAGGCUUUGAAAUCAGCAAUGGAAUGUCCAGCUGCAUUUUCUGUUUCCUAAGGAAGUAUUCUCCUUUCAGCGUUAUGUGGGAGAAACCAGACAAUUUUUUUUUGCGUUUGCCAUGAAGAGUUUCAAACAAACAUGGACUUCAGCUGCUGCCACGCUAUGCACUUUCUUCCCUUCUAAAAUCCUAGCAUAGCAUUUGAUGGACAUUCUGAUUGAUAUACAAGACUUUCAGAUUAAUAACAAAGAUGCUGUUUUUCUCUUGUUAAUCUUUCUUUGGCCCUGAUACACGUGCACAGUUGAUUUCAAGGUAUCUCUUGAGCAAACACUACUCAAGUUCAUAUGGAUUAUGGACAAUGUUCACUUUAAAAAGUGUGGGGGGUUGUUCCUUUGCAGUAUCUGUUCUGUGAGGUUUGCUAAACGUAAAGAAAGCUCAAGUUCUUGUAAUCUUAAAGAAAUCUUAUUUAACCCUUUUUGUGUUCUAGAUUUACUUACACAUGUAGCUUAGAGCUCAGUUUUAGUUUAACAUUGUGAAAUAUUAAAAAAUGAUUGUAAUUCUUUUUCCUCCUGCUUAAAAGAAACAAAACCAUUAAACAGAUCAGAUUAAAAUUUGAA